UAUGAAUACUACAUUAGUAUUCAAUAGGUAGGAAGAGCAUUUAGGAAUUGAUUGGAUAUCGGCGAUAAUGGAGAGCAAGGUGUCUAGAGCUUCAGGUGGAGGACGAGGGCGGGUAAACCGGUUAGAAGAGAUAGUAGAGACUUGCUACGCUUGAGGCAUCAGUGGGGCGGCCAGGAGGCCGAGGACAGGCUUUUCAAUACGAGGGCGCAGGAUCCCAGCCUCCGGGGGGUACUGAGUCCCACCAAACCCCUGGGUAUUGGGAAACCCUCUCACUCCAAUUCCUGGGUGUUGGGAGACCCUCACUCUCAUUCCCAGUUCCCGGGUGUCAGGAGGUCCUCCAACAAGUCGCCUGUGUUGGAGACGCCCUCCGCGUCCCUGAAAGUAGGAAGCCCCCUCCCCCACGACCUGCGGUGGCAGGCGCCCCUCCCCCACCCGCGGGCAUUCGGAGCCCCUCCCCCACACUCGGUGGGCCCCGUCACCGCGGCGAUGGCUAUGGCGGCGUGGGCCCUGGGGCUGGCGCUCUGGGGCUGGGCGCUGGCUCCGGCGGGCGCCUUGGACGCUAUGGGCCCUCACGCGGCCGUCCGUCUGGCUGAGCUGCUGACCCCGGAGGAGUGCGGCCACUUCCAGUCGCUCCUGAAGGCGCCGGAGCCGGGCGUCGAGGCCGAGCUGGCCCGGCUCUCGGAGGACCGGCUGGCCAGGGUCGAGCGGCCGGAGCCCACGGUGGAACCGGGCCGGCAGCGGCGGCGGCGGGAGGCAGCCGAGGUCUCCGACGGCUGCCGGGAGGGGCUGGCGGCCUGGCUGGCGGCCAAGGCCCCGUCCCUGUCUUGGGACCGCGUGGCCCGCGCCCUCCGGCGCAGCGGCCGCCCCGACGUGGCCCGCGAGCUGGGCAAGAGCCUGCACCAGCAGGCGACGCUGCAGCUGCGCAGGUUCGGCGGGCGCUACCUGCCCGCC